AUGGUUUCCAUCGUUCUUGGAAGUCAAUGGGGAGAUGAAGGAAAGGGAAAGAUCACAGACAUGCUCUCGCAGCAGGCGACACUCUGCUGUCGUGCAGCUGGUGGCCAUAACGCCGGCCACACUAUCGUUCACGACAACGUGACCUACGACUUCCACAUUCUGCCCUCCGGUCUUGUCUCGCCUAAAUGUAUCAACCUCAUCGGCGCCGGAACUGUCUUCCACGUUCCCAGCUUCUUCAAGGAGCUCGGCCACUUGGAAGCUAAGGGUCUCACCUCCGCUAGCAAGCGCAUUUUCGUCUCUGACCGCGCACACGUCUGCUUUGAUCUCCACUCCGUUGUCGAUGGUCUUGAGGAGAAGGGUCUCGGUGGCCGCAAGGUUGGCACUACCGGUAAGGGUAUCGGUCCCUGCUACAGUGACAAGGCUGCGCGUCGCGGUGUUCGCGUUGGUGAGAUUAUGGACGAGGUGACCUUUGAGCGCAAGUUGCGCACUCUGGAUACCUCCUACCGGGCACGUUUCGGUGACCUGGCAUAUGAUGUCGAGGAGGAGAUUGCUCGAUUCAAGGAAUACCGCACCAAGCUCCAGCCCUACAUCGUCGACCAGCUCGAGUUCCUGCAGGAGCACAAGAACUCCCCCAACACCCUGGUCGAAGGCGCUAACGCCCUCAUGCUCGACCUCGACCACGGCACCUACCCCUUCGUCACCUCGUCCUCCACCGGCCUUGGCGGCGCAGUUCAGGCCCUCGCCCUGAACCCUCAGAGCAUCAAGAACGUCAUCGGUGUCUUGAAGGCGUACACCACCCGCGUCGGCUCGGGUCCCUUCCCCUCCGAACAGCUCAACGCCGAUGGCGAGAAGCUGCAGGUCGUCGGUCGCGAGUUCGGUGUGACUACCGGCCGCAAGCGCCGCUGUGGUUGGUUGGAUCUUGUUCUUGCUCGGUACUCGCACGCGAUCAACCACUACACUGCGCUGAACCUCACCAAGCUCGAUGUCCUGGAUGACUUUGAUGAGAUCAAGGUUGGAGUUGCGUACAAGCUGCCCUGUGGUAAGCGGACGACUGGAUCGUUCCCUGCUGAUCCCAAUGUCAUUGAGAAGAUUGAGGUUGAGUAUGUUACUUUGCCGGGUUGGAAGUCUAACACUAUGGGUGUCACGAAGUAUGAGGAUUUGCCGGCCAAUGCUCGUUCUUACAUUGAGUUUAUUGAGCGGGAGAUUGGUGGUGUUCCUAUCAAGUGGAUUGGAACUGGUCCUGCGCGGGAACACAUGAUUGCUCGCGAGUAG